GAACAAUAGAAGAUCAAUGUGCGCAUAUUUUGCGCUUUCUGACUGAAGAUGAACAUGCCGGUGUAAACAAAACGAGAAAAUUUGGUCAGAUUUCUCUACCUCCAGCACGUUCAGAGAAAUUAUAACUGAAAUUUGGAGCAACUAACUUGAGGAUGGCGGAUCCAGACCUGCACCAGCUUAUGCUGGAUGCUGAGCAGCAAUCGGCUGAAAUAUCCAGUAUGGGUUCUGCUUUGCCGCAGCUAGACAGAAACCUGCGACAGGUCUGUGAAGCGUCGCAGACGUUAUGGAACAAAUUGUCUCAAAGCGGGUCAAGCGAAGGCAUUCAAGCGCACCUUUUGCUGGGCACGAAAGGAAUGGAUCUGUCACAAAUAUCACAGAAACUGGAAGCCCUGAGCUCAAAAGACAUGCUGGCCCCUUUAGAACCUGUGCCUGACACAGACAUAGACAAUUUUCUGAUGAACGAGACACAAAACGUCUUGCUUGGCAUUUUAGAAGAGACCCAGAAUUUUAAUUUUGGCAAGUUGAAAGAGAAAGCUAGAGUUGAAACGGAAGAAAAGGUUUUGGAGGAGAGUUGGCUGAAGGAGCGAGCAGAUAUUUUGCAUGCCAUUCUGCAAGAGUCGGUCGACCAAGAGAUGGAGUUUGUCCAGCCCGAUCUAGAGACGACUGUAAUGAGUGAAAGGCCAACAACGGUCAGAAGUCUGAUGACCAGUCAGGAGGUGUCGUAUGCCAGCAAAAUCAUCGAGUACAACAAAUCUAUUCUCUCAGGCAGCUCCAAAGAGCCCUUGAUGAAAACCUUUACCAAAAUGUCCUCCCAGUUCAGUGAAAAGAAAAUUCUUGAUCUUUGGGAAUGCUUGUCUAUGAUGGUGAAAAUACCAGUUGAACUUUCAAUUGUGGACUCGGAUCCAUUGAAAAGCAGGAACAGUCCAAUAGUGCAAUCUGCUCUCAUCAAGCAGGCCAGGCUAUUUUUGCAGGACAGAUACAAGCAGUUCAUGCAGAGUGCAGUUGCCAACAAUUUGCAGCGGGCAAUGAGAGGAGGAGCUCCAGGUACUUUCCCACUGGUCAGGAGCUUUGCAGCUAUCCAAGAAAUCGUCAACGAAGUGGGAUUUGAGGAUGGGCAAAUCGAGGGUCUGCCUGUCUGGGCCCUCAUUUUCUAUUGUCUCCGAAGUGGAGACUACAAAGCCGCUUACUACUGCGUACAGCAAGCUGGGUCUCAUUUGGUCGAUUAUGUGGCCUACUUUGAAGAGUUGGCUGCGAGUGAUGGCCAAGUUAGUGAAUCAACUUCGGAAGUUCUGAGGUACCAGUACAGACAUUCUGUUGCUUCGUCUGGAGAUUCUUUCAAGAAGGCCGUUUUCUGCCUCCUUGGAGGCUGCGAUGUCAAGGAAGACUUCCCGGAAGUGAUUCAGACUGCCGAGGACUACAUUUGGUUCAAACUUGGUCAGGUCAAAGCCAUGCCUGGAGGUCAGGAGCUGCCCAUGGAUAUGCUGACAUUCAAUCACCUUCAAAGCUUAAUAUCUCAGGAAUAUGGAGAAACUCAUUACAAGGCUACUGAGCAACCCUUCCUCUACGCGUCGAUGCUUUUACUGACUGGCCAAUUUGAAGAGGCUAUCGAGUUCUUGAAUCGUACAACCCUCCUCAGGCCUCACGCUGUCCACAUGGCCCUCGCAUUGGCCGAAACUGGGUUGCUCGCUACCUCCGUGCCACUCCAAGCUCCACUUGUGUCAUUUGACGAGAACGAGCCGGCGCCCAGCAAACGUCUCAACCUACCUCGUUUGGUGAUGACCUACUGCAGUAAAUUCAACCACUCAAAUUUGGUCGAAGCCAUCAAUUACUUCUAUUUCCUAAGAGAUCUUAAAGAUGCAGAUGGAGUGAAUCUGUUCAAGCUCUGCUGCUGUGACCUGGCUCUUGAAAACAAGGCAUUUGUGGUCAUGUUUGGCCAGCUGAAUGACCGCGGAGACAGAGUCUUUGGAGUGGUUGACGAGUUCUUCUCAUCCCCUGAAGAGACAAAGUCCAUCAUCAGGAUGGUAGCCGAAGAGUCUGAGAAGAAGAGCUGCUUGGAGGAUGCCAUUUUCCUCUUCGAGCUUUGCAAUGAUCACGAAAAUUCCCUGCGGCUUCUGAACUCGAUGCUCGGCCAAGUUCUGGCACAAGAAAAUGUCCCUGGGUCCGUUCGUGACAGGAUGGAAGGUGUUGCCGUCAUCCACAGACAGCGCUACCACGGAAAGGAAAUCAACUGCUCUGCGCCGACCGCCAGCAACUUCAACCUGCUGUGCCACCUGCUCGAGUUCUUCAAUUUCUAUCACUCCAAAGACCAUCGGAAGGCGCUGGAAAUUGUCAGCGAGCUGGAAUUACUGCCCAAGAAGCAGUCCGAAGUGGAGAACUACACGGCAGUCUUUCGUCAACUCUCUGGCGACAUCAUGAAGAAUAUACCUGAAGUCAUGCUGGCCACAAUGACCAUCAUCAGCAAUGAGUUUGCAAAAUUCAAAACGAACCAAGUUGCUUCUCCAAACAGAAGUCAGGUGCAAGAAGAACUCAAACAAUACGCCCAAGCGAUCACUGCCUACUCAGCCUCGUUGCCAUACAACAUGCCUGGGGACACCAAUGCGAAGAUGGUGCAGCUGAUGAUGACCAUGAAUUAAGUUAAAUUUUUGUUUGUUCAAUCUUCAGUUGAAACCAAUUAUCAGUGCAAAAUGUAAAAUAAAUAUAAUUUC